AAUAUAAGCAUUUUCUUUGAAAUUUUGAAGGCCUAUCUUUUUCCUUUUAAAAGAAAAAAUUAAAUGAUGAGAGUUCUCUACGGUUUCCUUUCCUCUACAGUGGAAAAAUGAAAGAACAAAAGUAAACUAUUAUGGUCAAUUUUCCCCAACAAUGUGAACCUACUUUUAUCAAAAAAGGAAAAAAAAAAAAAAGAGUGAUAACGUGGGAAAGCUUCACUCGAAAAAGACUUGUGUUAACGCAUCAGUCAAGUCAACUCCUUCAACCCAAUCAACACGACAGAAGUACACACUGUUAACCAUUCUCUUCACUUUCCUUGACCUGUCUGUUUCCAUUUUCUAAUCUAACUUUCUCGGCACUCUUUACGCGUUAAGCUUUUCAUCAUCCUUUUUUUUUUGCCUAAAAACAAUAAUCACUGGGGUCAAGAAAGAUGAUGAAGAAGAUACAUGUUCCUCCAGAAACAGGUAAGUUCAUGUUCCGUCUCUCCUUCAUCUUCUUGUCUUGUUGCCAUGUAUGUUUCUCGGAGCUGUCUCCGGACCAGACAAAUACAAUGAUCGAACUCUCAAGUUUCCUUAAUAUCCCGGAUUGGAACCGUCCUGGUUCAGAGAUGAAUCCAUGUUCAUGGAACGGUGUUCUUUGCAGCCGGCCAGACAAUGGCUCUGUGAUUAGCCUCUCUGUCUCUGGCUUUGAUCUCUCCAAUUCUUCCUUCUUACCAGUUGUCUGCAAUCUCCAGACUUUGGAAUCUCUCGAUGUCUCCAACAACAGUUUGAGGUUAAUCCCAGAUGGUUUUGUGACGAAUUGCGAAAGACUACUUGGGUUUAAGCAUCUGAACUUGAGCUCCAACAACUUCUCUUCUUCUCCUAGUUUCCGUGGUUUGUCCAAAUUGAAGGUUCUUGAUUUCUCUUACAACGUGUUGAGUGGGAGCAUUCGUGAUUAUGGUUUUGAUGGGAUGGUUCAGUUGAGGAGUUUGAAUCUUAGCUUCAACAGUUUAACAGGUUCUGUUCCGAUCAAUUUGACCAAAAGUCUUGAGAAGCUCGAGGUUUCAGAUAACCAUUUGAGCGGUACAAUCCCCGAGGGCAUCGGACAUUAUCCAGAACUAACGCUGAUAGAUCUCAGUGAUAAUCAUCUUAUUGGCUCAAUCCCGAGUUCAUUGGGAAACCUCUCCACGUUAGAAAGUUUAAUUCUUUCCAACAAUAAUUUUGGCGGGCCAGUCCCAGAAUCACUUUCAAGCAUCCAAACUUUGCGCAGAUUUGCAGCUAACCGUAACAAAUUCACCGGAGUAAUCCCAUCAGGGAUCACUAAGAACCUCGCAAACUUAGACCUCAGCUUCAACCACCUAAACGGGUCGAUUCCAGGUGAUCUUUUGUCACAGCUUAAACUCGUCUCUGUGGAUCUGUCAUCUAAUCAACUUGUUGGACGGAUACCACAAAGCAUUUCUUCUAGCCUGGUUAGGCUGAGACUUGGAAGCAAUAAGCUAACAGGGCAUGUGCCCUCUGCUGCGUUUGAAUCACUGCAGAACCUAACCUAUCUGGAGCUGGACAACAAUCGUUUAUCAGGCCACAUACCUUCUGCAUUUGGAAACCUUGUAAGCUUGAAUCUUCUGAACUUGGCUAUGAACGAGUUCACCGGGAUAAUACCUCCUUCCUUUGGAAACCUUACCCGCCUUCAAGUGUUACAACUGCAGCAAAACAAGCUUACCGGAGAAAUCCCAGAUACUAUCACAUUGUUAAUUAACCUCUUGAUUCUCAACUUCAGCUGGAAUUCUCUGAGUGGAUCCAUACCAUCUUCUCUUUCGCAGCUAAAGAAGCUUUCCAACAUGAACUUGCAAGGCAAUCAUCUGACUGGUACCAUACCUGAAAACAUUGGAGAUCUGGAGAAUCUGAUAGAACUUCAGCUUGGACAAAACCGGCUAAGCGGUAGGAUUCCAGUAAUGCCACCAAAGUUACAGAUUUCAUUGAAUCUCAGCUACAACAUGUUUGAAGGGCCUAUCCCCACUUCAUUGUUUGAACUUAUUAACUUGGAAGUUCUUGAUCUGUCAAAUAACAAACUUUCAGGCGAAAUCCCUUUUUCUGGCAGUUUAAUAUCCCUUACGCAGCUCAUACUUUCCAACAACCAACUAAGCGGAGAUAUGCCAAGGUUCAGCCGAAAUGUUUUCGUUAAUAUCAGUGGAAACCCCGGGAUCAAGUCAAUAAAUGAGAAUGAAAGCCAAUCUGGGAAAAGCAAACUAGUUAUGGUUGUAAUAUUUGUUGUCCUUGGAGUUCUUGCUCUCAUGGCAGGCAUCACAACUGUCAUCGUGCUGAAACUUUCUAGGCGCUUCAAGGGAAUUAACAACAUGCAGGUCGACCCAGAUGAAGAAGGAUCAACUGUUCUCCCCGAGGUCAUUCAUGGAAAGCUUCUCACUUCAAACGCUAUACACAGAUCAAACAUCAACUUCGCCAAAACUGUCGAAGCUGCUGCGAAUCCAGAAAAUGCUCUGCAUCAGACAAUGUUCUGGAGUUACUACAGAGUAGUCAUGCCCUCUGGUUCGAGUUACUUUAUCAAAAGACUUAACACAAGAGACAGGCUUUUCCAGCAAGCCAGUAGCGAGCAACUAGAGCAAGAGCUAGAGAUGUUGGGCAAGCUGCAUCACACGAACGUAAUGGUUCCACUAGCAUAUGUGCUCUAUUCAGAAGGAUGCUUGCUCAUCUAUGACUUUCCUCACAUGCGUACCCUUUACGAUGUUCUACACAACCAUACCAGUGAUGUGGUUGAUUGGACGAGCAGGUACAGUAUUGCGGUUGGAAUAGCUCAGGGGAUCUCUUACUUGCAUGGAUCCAAACCCAGCGGCCGUGAUCCAAUCCUUCUACCAGAUCUCUCUAGUAAAAAAAUUAUGCUCAAGUCGCUCACUGAGCCCUUAGUAGGGGACAUUGAACUGUUUAAGGUAAUCGAUCCUUCCAAAAGCAACAGCAGCCUCUCAGCAGUUGCAGGCACCAUCGGCUACAUUCCACCAGAGUAUGCUUACACUAUGAGGGUGACAAUGGCUGGGAACGUCUACAGCUUUGGGGUGAUUCUUUUGGAGUUGCUGACUGGAAGGCAAGCGGUAAGCGAAGGAAGAGAAUUGGCUAAGUGGGUGCAGAGUCAUUCGAGCCAACAAGAGCAGUGCAACAACAUUCUUGAUCUCAGAGUGAGUAAAACAUCAUCUGUAGCAACAAGGCAGAUGCUCCGUGCCCUCAGUGUUGCUCUUGCCUGCAUAAACAUCUCUCCUGGGGCAAGGCCAAAGAUGAAGACUGUCCUAAAGAUGCUCACAAGACUCUAAGUAAAAGUGUCAGAUGAUAGAUGUGUAAAUUUUUGCUUGUUACUGUAUGUAUAAGCAGCAUAUGGAGAUUUCUUUCCUCUGGCAGACACAAUUAUCUGCAUUUCCAUUUUAGAGAUGCUGAGAAACAAGAAGGAUCUAAUGCAUUCAGAGUUGUGGUUUAA